AUGGGUAUUGUUGAUAAAAUUAAAGCCAUCGAGGAAGAGAUGUCUCGUACUCAAAAAAACAAAGCUACAGAACAUCAUUUGGGUUUAUUGAAGGGUAAAUUAGCACGUUAUAGACAACAAUUAUUAGCAGAUGAAGCAGGAGCUGGUGGUUCUGGUGGUGGGACUGGGUUUGAAGUUGCAAAAUCUGGUGAUGCCCGUGUAGUAUUAAUUGGUUAUCCAUCUGUCGGUAAGUCUUCUCUGUUAGGUAAAAUCACUUCGACAAAAUCUGAAAUUGCACAUUAUUCAUUUACAACUUUAACAUCUGUUCCAGGUGUUUUAAAACAUGAAGGUGCUGAAAUUCAGAUUGUUGAUUUGCCAGGUAUCAUCUAUGGUGCUUCCCAAGGUAAAGGUCGUGGUAGACAAGUUGUAGCAACCGCUAGAACAGCUGAUUUAGUUCUAAUGGUUUUAGAUGCCACCAAGAGUAAACACCAAAGGGAAUCAUUAGAAAAAGAAUUGGAGGCCGUAGGUAUCAGAUUGAAUAAAGAAAAGCCAAAUAUUUACUUUAAGAAGAAGGAAACCGGAGGUGUUAAAGUCACAUUUACCGCACCAACAAAGACUACUUUAACAGAAGAUGCAAUUAAAUUGAUCUUAAAAGAUUAUAGAAUUCAUAAUGCAGACGUUUUAGUUAGGGAUGAUAAUUGUACUAUUGAUGACUUCAUUGAUAUCAUCAAUGAUCAACAUCGUAAUUACAUUAAAUGUCUUUACGUUUAUAACAAGAUCGAUGCAGUAUCUUUAGAGGAAGUUGAUAGAUUAGCUAGAGAGCCAAAUACUGUUGUCAUGUCCUGUGAAAUGGAUCUAGGGUUGGACGAUGUUGUUAAAGAAAUUUGGUACCAACUAAACUUGAGUAGAGUAUUUACUAAAAAAAGAGGUAUACGACCAGAGUUCGGUGACCCAUUAGUGGUUAGAAAUAAUUCUACUGUCGGUGAUCUAUGUCAUAGUAUUCAUAGAGAUUUCAAAGAUAAGUUUAAAUACGCACUAGUCUGGGGUUCCUCAGCCAAACAUUCACCACAAAAGUGUGGUCUAAAUCACAAGAUUCAUGACGAGGAUGUAGUAUCACUAUUUACAAAAUAG